AUGAAAAGGGAGGGCUCAAAGAAAGGUCAGAGGGCAAGAGAUAAGGACCUCCGCAGCUUGGUGUCCAAUCUGCCUUACGAGGGCCUGGAGAAGGGGAAGCAACCUAACCGCUACUUUCCCGGAAAUGCCAUCAAAACCACCAAAUACUCCCUCCUCCUCUUCAUCCCUGUGAACCUCUUUGAACAGUUUCACCGCCUGGCAAACAUCUACUUUGUUGGUCUUGCUAUUCUGAACUUUAUACCUGUAGUGAAUGCCUUCCAGCCCGAGGUGGCUCUGAUUCCCAUCUGUGUCAUCAUGUCUCUGACGGCACUGAAGGACGCCUGGGAGGACUUCAGGAGGUACCAGUCAGACAGGAAGCUCAACAACAUGCCAUGCUUUAUCUACAGCAGGAGAGAAAAACAGUAUAUGGGGAGGCAUUGGAAAGAUGUACAAGUGGGAGAUUUUGUGAAGGUGUUCUGCAAUGAGAUCAUCCCUGCAGACCUCCUGCUCCUGCACACAUCAGACACCAACAGUGUGUGUCUCGUUGAGAUGUCAAACCUGGACGGAGAGACCAACCUGAAGCAGAGGAGGGCCAUGUCUGGCCUCUGUAACACGGAUCCGGAAUUUGAGCCUGAAAGCUUCAACAGCAUUGUUGUGUGUGAAAAGCCGAACAAUAAUCUAAACCAUUUCAAGUGUUUUGUAGAGAAACCUGAUAAGGAGAAGGUGGGUGCUGGGAUCGAGAGUCUGCUGCUGCGAGGCUGCACAGUGAGGAACACGGACCAUGCUGUUGGCUUUGUGGUGUUUGCAGGCCAUGAAACCAAGUCCAUGCUCAACAACAAUGGGCCGAGAUACAAGCGCAGCAAACUAGAGCGGAAGCUGAACAUAGACGUCAUCUUCUGCGUCAUUCUCCUCUUCGCCAUGUGUCUCGUCGGAGCAGUUGGUCACUACUCAUGGCUGCAGGCGUUGCCUGGUGUGCCCCCUUACCUGGUCCCUGACAGCAGCGGUCACCUGGACAGUCCAAGUCUGUCUGGUUUCUACAUGUUCUUCACCAUGAUCAUCCUGCUGCAGGUCUUGAUUCCCAUCUCUCUUUACUUGUCUAUUGAGUUGGUGAAGAUCGGUCAGAUCUUCUUCAUCAAUAAUGACGUGGAUAUGUACGACCCAGACACAAACAGCCGGGUGCAGUGUAAGUCCCUGAACAUCACAGAGGACCUGGGACAGAUUGAAUACAUCUUCUCAGACAAGACUGGCACCCUCACUGAGAACAAGAUGGUGUACCGCAGAUGCUCCGUCAUGGGCACGGAGUACCCGCACAAAGACAACGCCAUCCGCCUAGCUGUUCUUGAAGGUGAAGAAACAGAGGAAGAUGUCAUCUUCGACCAAAAACCUCAACCUACAAAGACGACAAGGUCCCUGGAUGGGUCCCUGGAGGGAAACAACUUUGUGGACACACGUCAACACCACCGUGGCAGACGCAGGCGCAAGCUCUCGAGAAGCGCAUCAACGGACGUGGCCUUCAGCAGCGAGCUGGAAACUGAGGUGGUUCCAGACAGGAUGCUGCUUCAGCAGCUUAGCAGGGCACAGAGCAGCAGUGGCAGUGGGAUGAUAGAUCCUUACCUGGACUUUUUUCUGGCUCUCACCAUUUGCAACACGGUGGUGGUUUCCAUGGCAACAGCUCAGAGACAGAGGGUGAGUGCUCAGUUUACUGCGGCUGUUGGACAAGGCUCACCAUAUGGGCCUCUGAGCAAAAAGUUGGUUUUUGAACAAAACACACUAAAAAAAGAAGAUAGUUUUUCCAGGCAAGAGGGGUUUCCCGCUCCACUCAGACAAGUAAGCCACUGGCUUCCUUCUCCAAGUGGGUCAAAAAUUUGCAGUAUUUGUACCUCCUGUUAUCGCAAACGGAAUAGAAAUGGCACCAUCGCAGAGGACUCAGUAAUAGAAGAGGAUCACAUUAAAACCCCUGUCAAAGGGAUGGGGUCUGAAGACAUGGAUGGGUUACAAACAUGUUCUCUUCAUGCUCCUUCUCUGCCUGUCAAGCCUGCUGCGGCCUCAGAUAAUCUGAGCUAUGAGGCAGAGAGUCCAGAUGAGGCCGCCCUGGUGCAUGCAGCCAAGGCAUAUGGCUUCAUUCUGCUAGCCCGCACCCCUGACAGCGUGACUGUCAGGCUCCCAUCGGGGAAGGAGCUUGUGUUUGAGUUGCUGGCAACCUUGACCUUUGACUCAACCAGGAAGAGAAUGUCUGUCUUGGUGCGACACCCAAUCACCAAAGAGUAUGUGCUAUAUACUAAAGGUGCAGACUAUGCCAUCAUGGAGCUACUAGGUACUCCAUAUGCAGAACGUCUCAGUGGAAAUCAGAAGAAUAUAGCAGCAGAUACUCAGCAUCACCUCGACUGCUACGCUAAAGAAGGACUGAGAACACUCUGCUUUACAAAGAAGGUUGUAAGUGAGAAGUUGUAUGAAAGCUGGUCAGUGAACAGACAGAGGGCCCUGGCUGCCAUAGAGAACAGAGAGGAGCUUGUUAUGGACUCUGCUGUGGAGCUGGAGACAAAUCUCUCCCUGCUAGGGGCGACAGGCAUCGAGGACCGUCUGCAGGAGAGCGUCCCAGACACCAUCGUAGCGCUGCGGGAGGCAGGGAUCCAGGUGUGGGUGCUGACUGGUGACAAGACGGAGACAGCUGUCAACAUCGGCUAUGCCUGCAGGCUACUGGAAGAGGAGGACCUGGUGAUUAACAUGAGCUGCAAAAACAAGCUGUUGUGCACCUCCCUUUUGGACUGCACACUGGAGGAGGUGAGGAGGUACAGCGCAGACCCUCGUAAUGUGGACACGACCCCGGACAUCUCUCUGGUGAUCGAUGGACGGACCCUGACCAUGGCCCUGGAGUCAGACCUGCGGGACCGCUUCUUGGAGCUGGCAAAGUGCUGUCGCUCUGUGCUGUGCUGCAGAGUGACGCCUUUACAGAAGAGCAGAGUGGUGAAGGUGGUCAGGGAGAAACUCAAGGUCAUGACCCUCGCUGUUGGUGACGGUGCAAAUGAUGUCAAUAUGAUCCAAGCAGCCGAUGUUGGUGUUGGGAUAUCCGGACAGGAGGGCAUGCAGGCGGUCAUGGCAAGUGAUUUUUCUAUAUCUCACUUCAAACAUUUGAGAAAACUUCUCCUGGUUCAUGGACACUGGUGCUACACUCGGCUGGCCAACAUGAUCAUUUACUUCUUCUAUAAGAAUGUGGCCUACGUGAACUUGCUGUUCUGGUAUCAGUUCUUCUGCGGCUUCUCGGGCACUGCCAUGAUUGACUACUGGCUGAUGAUUUUCUUUAAUCUCUUCUUCACCUCUUUGCCGCCCAUCAUGUUUGGGAUUAUGGACAAAGACGUCUCUGCUGAGGUGCUGCUGGGUGUCCCUGAGCUGUACAGGACCGGACAGGGCGCAGGGGAAUACAAGUUCUCAACCUUCUGGGUUUCCAUGCUGGACGCUUUCUAUCAGAGUCUCGUGUGCUUCUUUAUUCCAUACUUGGCUUACAAGGAUUCCGACAUUGAUGUUUUUACCUUCGGGACUCCUUUGAACACAAUUUCUUUGUUUACCAUCCUGCUGCAUCUGUCCAUAGAGAUUAAAGCCUGGACGUGGGUUCACUGGGUAGUCAUGUUGGGCAGUGUGGCAAUGUACUUUAUAGUCACACUCGCCUACAGCGGAAUCUGCAUCACCUGUAACCCUCCAUCCAACCCGUACUGGAUCCUUCAGAGCCAGAUGGCCGACCCCAUGUUCUACCUUCUCUGUAUCAUCACGACUGUGGUGGCUCUGCUGCCCAGGUACAUGUUUCACGUGCUGAGGAACUCUAUCGCCCCCUCCCCGCUCCUGCAAGCCAGGCAGCUGGACCGAAUGGACCCCUGCGCGAGGGAGCAGUGGAUCAAGGAGUGGAGGAGCUUCAGGGGCAGCAGGGGGGUCAAAUGCUCCAGGUUUUCUACCCCAUCCUCUCCCAACCUGGAGAGCCCUGUGGACAUUUAUCCCCAAUCUCCCACUGUCUCUGACAUGGGGGAUGAAUUCACACUGAAUGUCCUCACUGACAGCUGUGAAAGGACUCUACACACGUGAGGACUCAUUCAAAAAAUGUGAUGUAAUACGGUGAUUAUUUAUUCAUAAAAUGUGUAAAUAUGCUGAAGCUGAAGUGGUUCAUAUACACGAGAUACCUGUUUGGUGUUUCAUUUUUAGGUUGGGAUUUUACAUAAAUUAGGGAGAAACACUGUCCCCCAUGACAAACUAUCAUCAUCAUUGGGUUGAUGAGUUCAUUUUGUAAUAAAGAACUUGACAAAAGCAUGUAGGGCCUCUCCUCCUUACUCUGCUU